GCCACCAGGAUGCCCACGGCCAAGGCCCCCCAGGCAGCUGGUGGGCAGGGGGAUGGAGGUGAUGGCGACGAAGCAGAGCCGGAGGGAAUGUUCAAGCCUCCCAAGGACGCCAAGAGGAAAGCCCGGGACUACCUCCGCCUGGCACCGCUGUGGCUGGCCCUGGUGGCGCUGGCCUCAGCAGGGCUGAUGCUCUGGUAUUUCCUAGGGUACAAGGCAGAGGCGACAGUCAGCCAGGUGUACUCCGGCAGCCUCCGCGUGCUCAAUCGCCACUUCUCCCAGGACCUUGCCCGCCGGGAGUCCAGUGCCUUCCGCAGCGAAACGGCCAAAGCCCAGAAGAUGCUCCAGGAGCUCAUCGCCAGCACCCGCCUGGGUGCCUACUACAACUCCAGCUCUGUCUACUCUUUCGGGGAGGGACCCCUCACCUGCUUCUUCUGGUUCAUCCUUCAAAUCCCCGAGCGCCACAAGGCGUUGCUGAGCUCGGAGGUGGUGCACGCGCUGCUGGUGGAGGAGCUGCUGUCUGCUGCCAAUUGUUCGACCCCUGCUCCCUACAGGGCCGAGUACGAGCUGGACCCCCAAGGCCUGGUGAUCCUGGAAGCCAGCAUGCAAGACAUUGUCGUGCUGAAUACCACGCUGGGGUGCUACCGUUACAGCUAUGUGCGCCAGGGCCAGGCCCUCCAGCUGAAGGGGCCCGACCAGCUGGCCUCCAGCUGCCUGUGGCACCUUCAGGGGCCAGAGGACCUCAUACUCAAACUGCGGCUCGAGUGGACCCUGGCGGAGUGCCGCGACCGGCUGGCCAUGUACGACGUGGCCGGGCCUUUGGAGAAGAGGCUGAUCACCUCGGUCUAUGGCUGCAGCCGGCAGGAGCCCGUGCUGGAGGUCCUGGCAUCAGGUGCUGUCAUGGCAGUGGUGUGGAAGAAAGGCCUGUACAGCUACUUUGACCCCUUCGUGCUCUCCGUGCAGCCCGUGGCCUUUCAGGCCUGCCAGGUGAACCUGACGCUGGAGAGCCACCUGGACCCGCAGGGUGUCCUCAGCACACCCUACUUCCCCAGUUACUACUCACCAACCACCCACUGCUCCUGGCACCUCACGGUGCCCUCUCUAGACUAUGGCUUGGCUCUCUGGUUUGAUGCCUAUGCGCUGCGGAGGCAGAAGUAUGACCUGCCAUGUACCCAGGGCCAAUGGAUGAUCCAGAACAGGAGGCUGUGUGGCUUGCGCACCCUGCAGCCCUAUGCUGAAAGAAUCUCUGUGGUGACCACGGCGGCCAUCACCAUCAAUUUCACAUCCCAGACCUCCCUCACGGGGCCCGGCGUGCAGGUGCAUUACAGCUUGUACAACCAAUCAGACCCCUGUCCUGGAGAGUUCUGCUCUGUGAAUGGACUGUGUGUCCCAGCCUGUGAUGGGAUCAAGGACUGUCCCAAUGGCCUGGAUGAGAGAAACUGCGUCUGCAGAGCCACAUUCCAGUGCCAAGAAGACAGCACGUGCAUCUCGCUGUCCAGAGUCUGUGACCGGCAGUCUGACUGUCUCAACAGCAGUGAUGAAGAGCAGUGCCAAGAAGGAGUGCCUUGUGGGACAUUCACCUUCCAGUGUGAGGACCGCAGCUGUGUGAAGAGGCCCAACCCACAGUGUGAUGGGCAGCCUGACUGCAGGGACGGCUCGGACGAGCUCCACUGCGACUGUGGCCUCCAGGGCCCCUCCAGCCGCAUUGUGGGUGGAGCAGUGUCCUCUGAGGGUGAGUGGCCUUGGCAGGCCAGUCUCCAGAUUCGGGGUCGACACAUCUGUGGAGGGGCCCUCAUCGCUGACCGCUGGGUGAUCACAGCGGCCCACUGCUUCCAGGAGGACAG